CGAAAGCAAGGAGAACACAGCGUACGUAUGUUAAUCAUUCAGUAGUGUAUUGUUACCUUUGCUAGAAUAUCAUGUCUUCUGCGUCUGUGUAUUCUGUAUUUUUACUUGGAUUUCUUGUGUUUAUACUUUAUUCAGUAGAUAAAGCUGAGGGCGGUGAGUGUUGCAGGGCCCAUUAUGACGCAAACGGAUUUCGUCAUGAGACAAUGUGGUGCAGUCAUUACUGCUGCCAGGACCGGGUGCGCGGGCACAGCCCUCUUUACUGCUGCAGUGAUUUUUUCAUGAGAGCCGAGAGAUCGGAUCGACUCGACUUCUGCAGCUCGUGGUUCUCUGCGUCCUCUAAUCUGUGGGCGCCAGUGUUGAUAGCCGUAGUGAUCAUUGCCAUCCUCAUAGGUUGCGGGAUAUGUUGCUGUUGCAUUCCAGGCUUUUGUUUCUGUUGCUGACAGACUAAAAUGGACCAAUUAUAGAAUAAAUAUGUGUAAAGAGGAAGCAAUACCGAGAAGUUGUUUUCUAAACGUGAAUACCGAGCAUGCAUUUGUGAAAUCGACAAAUAAAAAAAAAGUUUUGUGGGAGAAUUAUAUAUGUGAUGCACAAACUUGGACAAUAUGUUUUUUGUCAUUCAAUGCAAUGGCGUUGACUUUUCUUUUUUUUU